AUGGCACCAGCACUGAAGAAGCAGAUUCUAGAUGCUAUCGUGCAAGCAGAAGAACCUGCUACACAAGCUUCGAAUAGUAAUAGUGAACAAGGAAAAAAUGGAAGUGGGUGUGGGAGUAUGAUCGUCGGAGAUUGUACUGGUGAUAGUAGAACCAGUAAUGCAAAUGAGCAGGGUUUUGAUACUCCUGAGACACAAGUGACGGUGGAAGAUUUACGUGGGCCUGUGUGUAAUGCGAGUAUUCGCAGUGCUGG